CUCUAUACCAAGCAAAUGGACAUUAAAAGAAAGAGGCUCUCUGACGUGCUUUGGCAACACGCAGGUGUAAAGAGGCAAUAUGUGAAAAACAAACAUGUCCGCCUUCUUGUCUACUUGUAAUCCAGAUGCAGUCUUCAUCCUGAGAUCAGUCUGAGCAAAGACGAGGGACAGGACAACAAACAUAAUCUCCUACUGAUCCGGUCAAGUCUUUUGUGUUCUGUCUUUUAGUUCCUGGAAGCAUGCAUGCUCUGUACGUAUCUGUGCUGUUCUAUUUUCUUCUCCUCGGCUUCCUGCCUCCUAUAGGAGCAGGGGAGAGCGAUGCAGCCGGCAGGAGAGGGGAGAGAGAGAAACGAAGCCUACCCUACUGGGGAAUGUGGUCGUCAGACUUUUUUGGGUGGUUGGAGGAGCUGCAAGCCCAGGCAGCUCACGACGGGAUGCAGGACCUGGCUCGUACCUUCUGGGCUCACUUCCCUAUCGGCAGCCAGCUGGGCUACGAUAGUCCCGAGUCUGACCCUCAACCUGAGGAGUGAGGCAGAGUGAAGAUGAGAUAUUUAAGAGUCUGAGGGAGAGUAGAAGUGCAUUUGUUUUAGUAGGUGUACCUAAUAAACUGGCAACACUAUUUUGCGGUUAAUACUGCUAUGCGUUUAUUUUGAAUGUAUUUUCAUGUAAUGGAGAAUUUUUACAUUGUUGUAUUGGCACUUUUUAAAGAAUCUGAAUACUUGGUGUUACUUUGGAGUAUCUGAGACUCCAAACUGAAGUAAUUCAUUAUUUUCCUGUAGCACACUUCUAAAACAUGUCAUCAGUUAAAAAUCCUGUUGAUAAGCAAUUCUCAUAAAAUUAAGAAAAGUGAAUGUCAAGGUGAUAAACAAUGAUAAGUGUUUUUUAUUGAGCUGUUAAAGUGGGCGCAUGGUCUCAAACAGAACAUUAGGGUUAAAUGGAAAGUUGAAGUUGAGAAUUUAAUAUCUGCACACCUUUUAGGUAAUAAAAGGUUUUAAUUGUAUUCUGA